AUGUAAGAAUAAAAUUCAUUAUUCUUUUGCCCUGAAAAUGAAGAGAGUGAAAUAAUAAAAGCAAAAACAUGUGAUGUUUAAACAUAGAGAAUAGCUGCUAGUUUUUAUUCACAAUUUUCUGAUGGCACUGACUCUUUUAUGGAUAUAAGAAGAAAUCAUUAAUGCAAUUCUGCUUGCUCUUCAUCUAGUUUGCAAUCUUCUAGAACUCUACCAGAUGAAUGUAUGCAACAUAAUUAUUCAAAAUGUUUAGGUACAAAAAAGAAACUUUAAUUUUAGAUAUAGAUAUCUUGUCUGAAGCUGCUUAGUAAUUAUUUAGUUUUGCCUUCAAAUCUUAAGAAGAUUGGUUGGAACAUUUUAUAUAAAAAUGUAUUGUUUUGGAUACCUUUUUCAAAGACUGUGCUUUCAAUUAGUUGAUAGAAAAAGAAAUUUAAAAUGAAGAUUGCAAUAUAAAAAAAAGCAUUGUAUUAACUAUUGAUUACUUUACAACUUUAUUCACCUUUUCUUUAUUUCUCAUAUGGAAAUGGAUUCAAAAUGAAAAUUAAAUGGAUAUGAUAAACUAUGUUUCAUGUUAAUAUUCUAUUCCAUUAUUUUUCAAUCUCAUAUUUUAAUAUCGUUUUAAUGAGUUAAAGAAUGAUAAAAUCUUUAUUGCAUUUAUUGAAUAAAACAUAUAUACUAUUACUAAAUUAAAAUUUGAAGAUGAAUAAUAAUCAAAACCCUAUUUAGGAGUAGGAAUGAGUUAAAAUUCUAAGUCUCUUCCUGUUCUAAAAGAAAAUGAAGUAUUUCCUUGGCAUCCUGAAGAAGUAGCAAAAAUAUUAAGUGUUAUUAAUUAAGCCUUUUAUGCUGAUUUGCAAAUUAGAAAUGUUGUUGUUAAAGGAGGUCUUAAAUAGGUAAAAUAAUAAUUUAAAUUAGUAUUUUAAAAGAAUCAACACCCUUUCAUAAUAUAUUAUUUAUUCUGUUGUGAAAAAUCCAUGUAAAUACAAAAGAUAAGAAGCUUUAUCAUAUUGGAUUGAUUUGGCUGAAAGAUUAUAAAUCCAUAAUGAUUUGGAGGGAUUAUUUAUAGUUUUCAAAUAUGGGAUAUAAUUAUUAUUGAAAGAUUACAUUUCAACUAUGCCAAUUUUAUUCAAACAUUAAAAUCGAAUCUCAAAAAUUAAUGCAUAUUAUGAAUAAUAAAUAACAGACAAUCUAAAAACUAUGAAACCAAAUCCAAAAGGUUAUUAUAUACCUUCUUUUUAAAAAUAUUAAACUCACAUAAAAAGAUUGGAAUUGUAAGCAAAAUAAAAUAGAUAAGCUUUUGAAUAAAUUGCUACCCUUUUAGCAGAAUUGGUGGCUAUUUCAAAAGAUUAAUAAUAAAGAUAAUUAAUAAUGAAUCAUUAAGUAAAAAUAAAUAAUAUUAUUAAGUUAUCAUUUUAUGAGUAACAGAUAGCCAGAUUUUUAACUUAAGGUAUAGAAAAUGAAUUAGAGAAUAAUUUAAAGAUACCUUUAGAAAAAGAAACUUUAGUAUAUAUAUAACUAAUCAAAUUAUCAAAAAUAAUGAACUGA